CGUCUGUCUUUUGCUUUCAGGUUUGUCUGCUGCCAAGCUACUGCAUGACCAUGGUCUUAAUGUCAAGCUCCUUGAGGCCAGGGAUCGCGUUGGAGGACGUACAUUCACGAUAUACAAUAAAGAUGUUGACUAUGAAGAUCUCGGCGGUGCUUAUGUGGGACCCACACAAAAUCGACUCCUACGGAUGGCCAGAGAAUUCAACAUCAAAACUCAUCUGGUUAACGAAAAGGAAGAUUCUGUGUUUUACAGCUCGGGACAUAUGAAAAGAUUCAGAGGAACAUUCCCCAAAAUGAAUUUUCUUGCCUGGCUAGACGCCAACAACCUGUUCAGAACGAUGGAUAAGAUGGCGGAGGAGAUCCCAAUAGGUGAACCCUGGAAAGCUCCAAAAGCACAACAGUGGGAUAGAAUGACUUUGAAAGACUUUUAUAAUAAAACCAUCUGGACAAAAACAUGUCGUGAAUUCGCUGAACUGUUUCUCGAAGUGAAUGUCACAUGUGAGCCUUACGAAUGUUCUUUACUCUGGUUCCUCAACUAUGUACAGAAGUGUGGUGGUACCAACCGAAUUUUCAGUACGACUAACGGUGGCCAGGAGAGGAAAUUCGUUGGUGGUUCUCAACAGAUCAGCAAAGCUAUAGCAAAAUAUCUCGGGGAUAAAGUUUUACUCGAACAUCCUGUGGUCAGUAUUGAUCAAUCAGGUAACCACGUUGUCGUUCGAGAUUUGAAAGGCCGAGAAUUCCAUGGCAAACGAGUUAUAUUGGCGUCACCUGUCCCACUUCAAAGCAAGAUGACAUACGAACCCCCAUUGCCACCGCUACGUAAUCAGCUGAUUCAGAGAAUUCCCAUGGGAACUGUUAUAAAAACCUUCCUCUAUUACAAACGGGCUUAUUGGCGAGAGAAAGGCAUGUGUGGUUCAUCUGCAAUAAACGACAAAGAUGGUCUCAUCGGAUUUACGCUGGACAGUGCUAAAGCUGAUGGCAGUCACCCAGCUCUCAUGGGAUUCAUCCUAGCUACUAAAGCACACAACUACAUGCUUCUUACAUGUGAAGAAAGGAGAGAUAGAAUAGCUAAAUUGUAUGCCAAUGUAUUUGGUAUUGAAGAAUUGGCUUACCCUAUUCAUUAUGAAGAGAAGAACUGGGCGGAGGAACAAUACAGUGGAGGAUGUUAUACAGCAAUGUUACCACCAGGAUUUCUCACUGUCUUUGGAAAGGUACUGCGAGAACCCAUCGGUAAGUUAUAUUUUGCCGGCACUGAAACUGCUACGCACUGGUCAGGCUAUAUGGAAGGAGCUAUACAAGCCGGAGAGCGGGCUGCAAGGGAGGUCCUCUUCGAUUUUGGAAGAAUCCGGAAAGAUGAAAUUUGGCAGGAUGAACCAGAGGAUCGGGAAAUCUUUCCUCGUCCUUUCGAUGAGACCUUCUUCGAACGCCAUUCACCGUCAGUGCCAGGAUUUCUGGGAGCCAUGUUGUUUUCGUUGAUAAGUGCUACAGCCGUAGGAGCUGCUUUUUACUAUCAGAAAUAUAUCAAGUGAACGUAAUAAUUGUUUUAGUAAUAAAAUUAUACAUUUCUACACCACACCAA